AUGAGUCCGUGCAGCAAGCUCCGCCGCCUGACGUGCGGCGAUGACGACGCCGGCGACGGCAAGAUGUUCCCGAACUGGGCGUCGCUGCACCAGGAUCUGGUGGAACUCAUCGGGUGCCGGGUACUUGCCGGCGACCUGCACGACUACGUCCCGUUCCGUGCCGUCUGCUCGCACUGGAGCGCGAGCACCGCCCGCCCCCGCGGCCGCGGCGUCCUGGACCCGCGUUUCCACCCGCGGCGAUGGAUGAUGCUGCCGGAGGGCCACGGCCUCCACCCGGGCCACCCCGACCUCCGCGGCUUCGUGCGCUUCUUCAACCUCGACACCGGCGCCUUCGCCCGCGCCCACCUCCCGCUGCUGGCCGACCACGUCGUCGUCGACGUGGUCGACGGACUCCUCGUGCUCCACCGCAACGACGACACCGCCAUCCGCCUCCUCCACCCCUUCAGCGGCGACGUCGCCGAGUUCCUGCCGCUUGCGUCGCUCCUGCCACAGAUGGAGCCACAGCCAAGCUACUACAGCGAGCGAACCAAGCGCAGCAUGCUCAUGAGAGUUCGCGCCUCCGUUACCGUCACCUCCUCCGGGGCCAUCACCCCUCGCAAACUCUACGCAUAUCAGCUAUCAUCCUUUGACAUUGGUAAGGUAUACAUCUACCAGUUGGACCCGCCAUGCGCAGACGCCGGCGACGGACAGCCCCGUCUGCCAUUGCCAGUGAAGAUUGCCGAAUGCCCAAAGGACAAAUUGUGUUUCAUCCUCCACUUUGUAGAAUGUUGUUCAGAGCUCUUGCUGGUUUCUUACAACGAUGUUUCCUUUUCGAAGCUGCUGGUCUACAGAGUUGCUGACCUUGUCAGUGGAAAGAUUGAGCCAGUAACGGACAUCGGAGACCACACCUUGUUCAUCGGCGAUCGUUCUCUCUGUGUCUCACUCUCACCUAACAAGGGGAGUAGGACUAGUGGCUUUCCUUCCAUGUCGCCGAACUCUAUCAUAUGCAUGCAUAAUUUGACUGAUCCUUAUUCUGAAAUGUUCUAUCGUUUUGAGCAAUAUGAUCUAAGUACUGGCAUCUGGACUCCAGCCAGCGACGGAGACGUUUUCCGAAGACCACCACCGAGCCCCCAUAGACUAAUCCAUCAUAUCUUUACUUCCUGUCAUUACGAUUAUUGGUAA